AUGGAUCUCGACUCUCCAGGCUUUCUGAAGGACAUCGACGACCACGCCUUUCCGGAGACUCCGAAGUUCGAGAUGCCCGCGAAGUCUCGAAUCUACGACCUCCUGCCAGAGGAGGCCUGGGGCGGCGUUCCCUGGUUCCCAGGCUGCUAUGCAGGAGACUCGAAGUUGCACGACUUCGUUGUGGGGGUCGUGGCAGACGUGGAUGCUUGGCAAGAGCACGGACAAGAGCUGCAGAGCAUGAUGGAGCAGGUGGUCUCAGAGGCAUCCUUCAUCUAUGAGAAGCAGUUCCACGUUCUUCUGCGCAUCGGCUAUGUCAGGAUUUACACCAGCGACACGGGGGCUCCCCGCUUUGCGCAGGGCUGCGGCGACAUCUCGACCAAGCUGGACAACUUGGCCUCGGAUCGCAACUCGCACCCCUUCCAAGGAGCGCUGCACCUGUUCACCGGCUGUGGGAACGGCUAUGGUACCGUCGGCGUCGCGUGGCGCGGCGGCAUGUGCGACACCAGAGGCUACAACACAGGAGUGAACCAGCUCCAUUCCGUCAACAGCGCCUGGACGACCUUUGCGCACGAGCUGGGCCACAACUUCGGAGGCGGCCACUCCUUCGAGGAUGGCCAGGGGACUACCGGAGGCAUCAUGGACUAUGGGGACGGCAAGCUCGAUGGCGUGUACCAGUUCAACACGAAGUACCGGAAAAGCCAGAUGUGCAGCAAGAUGAACGCCGUGGUGAACUCCUGUGCUGGGAAGUUUGUGGAGUCUUCGGACGUGGUGGUCAGUACCACGGCAGGCACGACCCUGUUCCCAACGACCACGACGACCACCCCAGCACCGACAUACAGGGUAACGACGAGGGGCUGCGAGUGCUACAAGUCUUGGAAGCUGUAUGGCACCAGCGCGCCGUGCGAAAACUACUGCUGCAAUCCAGACAACGAUCCCAGAGGUAUCUGCGAGAAUCUAAGGUACCAUCCCGGCAAGCGCUGCGAAGUCUGGACCCGGCCUGAGGGCAUCCAGGCCACCAAGGCCGUGCUGCCCGACUUUCGCGGCGUGGUGUUCGAUGUUGACGGUACCUUGGUGGACUCCUGGUACUUGGGCUUCAGCACCACGAACAAGGUGUUGGAGCGGUUCAGCUAUCCUCUCAUCGACGAGAAUGAGUACCACCGGGGGACCAAGUACACAACGCCCGUACGCAUGGCCUGGCAUGCCCGACUCGCCGAGACUCCCGAGGAUGACUUGGCGGCGGCUGCGGCGUUGGGCGGGGAGAUGGGCCAAGCCUUCGACAGCGUUUACGUGUCCCUGGUGACGCCUGAAUCGGCGAGGCUCUUUGAUGGCGUGGGCGACUUGCUCAAGCUCCUCAAGGGCCAGGAGGUCAAGAUGGGCGCCCUCUCCAACGCGGCCGCCGCGUACGUGGAGGCCGUGGCUCGCGAGAAUCACCUCGGGGAUUUCCUCGUGGUGCGGCACGGCGCCGACACGGUGCCAUCACCAAAGCCUGCCCCCGAUGGGCUCCUCUUGUGCGGCGAUGAGCUCCAACUAAAAGCAUCGCAGCUGGUCUACGUCGGCGAUGCCCCCACUGACGGCAAGGCGGCCAGGGCCGCCGGCGUGGCUUCGGUUGGAGUUGCUUGGGGCUCCUACACAAGAGAGACCCUGGAACCUUUCUUCGACCUUGUGGUCGAUACCGUCGCAGAGCUCAAGGCUGUUCUUCUGGCCGGGGCCUAG